CAUUAUUACAUCAUCAUCUUGAAGCUCUAAGAAAGGUAAAAAGAUCUGAAUAAAUUGCUCCGCUGAAUGAUGAGUCUCUCAGCUCUCUGAAUGUGGAGCACUAGGCCGAUAGUCGCCGUGGCAGUUUGGAAAGCAUGAUGUUCGAGCCAAUGACAGUCAGCGCGAUCUGCUAUUGGUUAACAGAGCGAUCCCUGCCAGCCCGUGACCCCGCCCAUGUUCGUAAGAUAUGGAAUCUACUGGCGCCAGUUCCGACAGUACACAGGCACAAUUCAUUAACGAGACUUCUCUCCGCUUCACAUAGACGCAGAGUUUUAGAGAGUUUAAAGAUUGGGCUGUGGACAAUUUAAACCAGUGGCGAAUUAUGAAUGUCAACAGACAUCUUGAGGAUUAAAAUUCUUUGCACAGGACUAACACGGGGAAAAAAAAUAAACUGAGGAUUGUAGUGCUGAAAUGCUACUUCGCGCCGUGUUCCUGAUCAUUCUUGAAAGCAAAGAAGCAGGACCUCUUCUCCAAAAAUAAGGGCAUAGAAAGUGAACAGAGCAUCACCAACUGAAGCAGAACGCCAAAUAUCGUAAUAAUCUAAAGGACCUGGGUCUCUAAGUGUCCAAAAGGUUUUCAGUAGGCAUCUAGAAAACUUCUUUUUAACGUUUUCUAAGCGCGGACACUUCAGACAUGGAGGUUGCGGCCGAUCAGUCUCGAUGGAUGGCCCAUCAUCAUGCGGUACUCAACGGCCAGCACCCAGAGUCACAUCAUCACGGGCUUACACACAAUUACAUGGAGCCCAUGGCCCCUCUUCUUCCCCCGGACGAGGUGGAUGUGUUCUUAAAUCACUUGGACUCGCAGGGGAACCCCUACUACUCCAAUUCUCGGGCCAGAGUAUCAUACGGACAAGCGCACGCUCGUCUUACGGGAAGUCAGGUCUGCCGGCCACACCUCAUACACAGUCCCGGGAUCCCCUGGCUGGACAGCGGGAAGGCAGCGCUCUCCGCCGCGCACCACAACGCCUGGGCGGUCAGUCACUUCAGCAAGCCCGGCCUGCACCCCGCCAGCGCCGGCUACCCGUGCAGCAGUAGCUCCAGCACCGCUCCCGUCUCCUCCCUCACAUCCGCAACACACUCCAGUCCACAUCCCCUUUACAAUUUCCCCCCAACCCCACCGAAAGACGUCUCACCGGACCCCGGUCCUUCUUCUCCGACCUCCACCACUGCAAGAAUGGACGAAAAGGACUCCAUCAAGUACCAAGUCAUCGCUGAUGGGAUGAAAAUGGAGGGAUGUAGUCCUCUUCGGGGAAGCCUGGCAAUGAGCGCCCAAACACCCUCCACGCAUCAUCCCAUCCCGACCUACCCAACGUAUUCCCUGCCCACUCCACACGAGUACGGCGGCGGGCUGUUCCAUCCUGGUACCCUCCUCAGUGGAUCCCCUUCGGGGUUCACACCUAAAUGUAAAAGCAAGACGAGAUCGUGCUCAGAAUUCUGCACAGAGGGGCGUGAAUGUGUGAACUGCGGAGCCACCUCUACCCCGCUGUGGCGGCGGGACGGGACGGGCCACUACCUCUGCAACGCGUGCGGCCUGUACCACAAGAUGAACGGCCAGAACCGACCCCUUAUCAAGCCGAAGCGCAGACUGUCUGCUGCGAGGCGAGCUGGCACCUGCUGCGCGAACUGCCAGACAACCACGACCACUCUGUGGCGGCGCAACGGGAACGGUGACCCGGUGUGCAACGCCUGCGGGCUCUACUACAAACUCCACAACGUCAAUAGGCCACUGACCAUGAAGAAAGAGGGCAUCCAAACACGCAACCGCAAGAUGUCCAGCAAGUCCAAGAGGAGUAAACGAUCUGGCGAGGGUUUCGAGGAGCUCUCCAAGUGCAUGCAGGACAAGACCUCUCCGUUUGGCAGCCACAGUGCUCUGGCAAGCCACAUGCCACACAUGGGCCACCUGGGACCGUUUAGCCAUUCUGGACACAUGCUGCCCACGCCGACUCCCAUUCACCCCUCUUUCAGCCACCCUCACCAUUCCAGCCGCUCUCCCGUCUGGGCCGAACCUCACUGAAGACCCACACUCGCUCCUUUAUACCGAAAAUCUCAAUGCACUCAAGAAAUCUCCCCUCCCGUCAAGAAAUCUUCCACAGGCGAGGGACGCGAAGAGGGUUCGUGUCGGUUUAGUUCCUGGUCGGACACUGCAGAGGAAGGUGCCAUUUCAUCAACAACCACGUCAACUUGUAUAGAGGACGGUUUAAAAAGACUCUGAGGACCCUCACAGACAGAGCAGAGGGAGAGAGAGACAGAGAGAGAGAGAGCUGUCUUUGCUUUUAGCCUUUCGUUACGUUUUACUGAGUCACUUUGGUACUGUCCUGAAAGAGAGGAUAUGUCUUUGCAGAAUCACUGUGUGGAAGUUCCUUUGAGAACAGCCGCCUCAGAAACUCUCUAGUAAAGAACUCGCUCUGAAUCUCUGCGAACAUGAUGAGUCAAAGAGAGAGACAGAAAGAGAAGACCACUAAGUUUAUCCCUCCUAACAUGCUGGAAUACACCCCCCCUCCCCCUCCCCCUCCCCCUCCCUUGGGCAUGAUUCCCUCUGAAUGGACUCUAUGGAUACGACAUAAGCAAAGAAAUGUUUAUAAAGGUUAAUUGUUAUUAUCGUUAUUGUUAUUAUGAUAAUUUAUUUUCACCUUUUAUCUCUUAUUUCGCUUUCCUCAGAACACAUUGUUAUAUUAUAAAUAUUAUUUGAUUGUUAUUGAUAAAAAAAAACACUGACCUAUCCUAGCCAAGGCAAUGUUGCUGAGCUGUACGUUUUUAUCAUUUUCCAUUAAACAAAUAAAGGAAAUAAAGUUUUAAUACUUCA